GUUGUGGCGCCGCAGGAAGGAGGAGUUUGUGAGCGCCAUUGCCUGCCGGUGCACAGUGUCACCGGAGGACCUCCGACAACAUUCAGUGGAUCGCUUGAAGGAGCUGUGGGCAGUGUUGAAGCCGCGGAAGAACUCGAGCAUCCUGCCGACGGGGUGGAAGAAAUUCGAACUGCCCGACCUUCGGGCACUCUAUGUGAACAAGGUGCUGGAAGACCUCAGCCUCAACUGCGAUCACGACGGCCAUUGGAUGCGGUGGAAGAAGACGACCCAGUUCAUCAUGGAGCUGGAGAUGUGGGAGACGGAUAUGAAGGAGGCAACCAAGCACGAGGUGGAUGUUCUCUCCGAGCAUCCGUUUUGCCGCGCAUGCCAGAUACCGAUGGUAGUCAGGACCAAUCGGUUGACCAGGGAAGAGUUUUACGGAUGCCGUCGUUACCCGGUGUGUCGCGUGCAGGGCGAAUUCGAGAACCCGUUGAAAAAGAAGCCCGUGAACUCCGGCUACAUCAAGAAGGACAUGGACGAGAUUAUGGAGAAGAAGGGCAAAGGCAAGGAAACCCGCGAUUGCAAACGGGGCGGAAUGCCACCGCAAGCGACGCCGGGGGCCUCUUCGGACGGGUCGUGGAUCGCUGCCGGGGCGCAGCCUCUUCCGGAGUCAUCCGACGAGGAGGACAAGAGGAUCUUCAAUGCCAACCUGACGGCCGAGGAGAUCGCGGCAGUGCAGUUGUUGAGGGAGCAGAAGAACAGCCCCGACAACAAGAAGUGA